CGCGGCCCCUCCUCGCGGUGCCCUAGGUUCGCGCGGCUCCUUCCGCCCCCGCUCCUGACGUACUGCGGCCGCGCGCGGCCCCAACGCCCCGAAGCGGGGCUCGGCGCAGCGGCGGGGGCCAGCCGAGCUGGUGUGUCUCCCCGCCGUGCGGGGAGCGGAUGGCGGACGUUGCACACACACUCGGCGGUCACGGCAACCUUCUGAGCCGGUCCUUUGUCGCCUCGGUCCCCAGGUGCGGUAGCGGCGCCGGAGCGCCCGACUCAGCCCGCGGAGCGCGCUCGCACACAAAAAGAUGCCACGGAGAAAGAAAAAAGUUAAAGAAGCCUCUGAAGCUCAGAACCUGGAGAAGAAAGAUGCAGAAACUACCAGUUCUGUCACUGUGAAGAGGAAGCGUAGACUUGAGGAUGCAUUCAUUGUGAUAUCUGAUAGUGAUGGAGAGGAACCAAAGGAGGAGAAUGGACUGCAGAAAAUGAAGACAAAACAGUCAAAUAGAGCUAAGUGUCUGGCUAAAAGAAAAAUUGCACAAAUGACAGAAGAAGAACAGUUUGCUCUGGCUCUCAAAAUGAGUGAGCAGGAAGCUAGGGAAGUGAAUAGCCAGGAGGAGGAAGAAGAGGAGCUCUUGAGGAAAGCCAUUGCGGAAAGCCUGAAUAGUUGCCGGCCUUCUGAUGCUUCUGCUACAAGAUCUCGACCUGUGGCCACUGGACCAUCUUCACAGUCCCACCAAGAGAAAACCACAGACUCUGGGACCACUGAAGGCAUAUGGCAGCUGGUACCUCCAUCACUGUUUAAAGGCUCACUUAUCAGUCAGGGAAACGAGGCUGAGGAAAGAGAGGAGCCUUGGGACCACACUGAAAACACUGAAGAGGAGCCGGUCUCUGGCAGCUCAGGAAGCUGGGACCAGUCAAGCCAGCCAGUGUUUGAGAAUGAGAACGUUAAAUGUUUUGACAGAUGUACUGGCCGCUUGGCUGAGCGCACACAGUGUGGGAAGCCACAGGAAAGUACUGGGAGGGGUUGUGCUUUUCACAAAGCUGCCCAGGGUAUGGGGGACACAUCUAGGCACUGUCUGCCUACCCCAGCAGAUGCCAAAGGUCUCCAGGACAUUGGGGGCACUGUGCACUACUUCUGGGGUAUUCCAUUCUGCCCUGCUGGAGUAGACCCUAACCAGUAUACCAAGGUCAUUCUCUGCCAGUUGGAAGUUUAUCAAAAGAGCCUGAAAAUGGCUCAGAGGCAGCUCUUUAAAAAAAGAGAGUUUGGGGAACCAGUGUUACCUAGACCUCCUUCUCUGAUCCAGAAUGAAUGUGGCCAAGGAGAUCAGGCUAGUGAAAAAAAUGAAGGCAUCUCAGAAGAUAUGGGAGAUGAAGACAAAGAGGAGAGGCAGGAGUCUAGGGCAUCUGUCUGGCACUCAAAAACCAAGGAUUUCCAAGAAAGCCCAAUUAAAAGCUUGAAAGAGAAACUUUUGUUGGAGGAAGAACCAACAACCAGUCAUGGUCAGUCUUCCCAAGGGCUAUUUGUUGAAGAAACUUCUGAAGAAGGAAACUCUGUACCUGCCUCACAAAGCAUUACUGUUUUCAUCAGCAAGAGAAGCUCAAUCCUUAUGCCAGAGAGUUCUGCGGAAGAAAUCACCGUGUGUCCUGAGACACAGCUAAGUUCCCCUGAAAUUUUUGACCUUGAAAGAGAAGUCUCUGCAGGUAGCAGAGAGACCCUGGAUGCAUUAAUAAUGUCAGAUAAGGAGGUUGGUAACAGGGAAGACACUGAGAAGGAAAUACCUACUUCUACCUUCUCAUCCACUACCCGGAUAUCCUGCCCAGUAUGUGGCCAAGGCUUUCCCCGCUCAAAGAUCGAGCAACAUGCCAUGUACUGCAAUGGGCCAAUGGGGCAAGAUUCAGUGCUGACACGGAGACAAAAAGAGGCCAAGAGCAAGAGUAAGAGCAAGAGUGGGACAGCCGCCCAGACUUUCCUAGACAUUGACAAGAAUGAGAAGUGUUACCUCUGUAAAUCCCUGAUCCCACUGAGAGAGUACCAGUGUCACGUAGAGUCCUGUCUCCAGCUUGCAAGGGGUGACCAAGGAGAUGGGCCUGAAGAGAGUGGGAGAGUAUGCUCAACUGUGGAGGGGAAGCAGCAGCAGCAGCGGAGGAACCCAAAGGAAAAAGGUUGCAGAGAAGGCCGACUCCUUAGUCUCUUGGAACAAACCGAGCACAAGACUGCAGAUGCAGAGAUAAAGACUAAGUCUUCAGAAAUAGGAGCCUUCAGGUUGCCCUCACCAGGGAUGGAAGAGGCAGGCUGCAGCAGAGAGAUGCAGAGUUCCCUUGCACAUCUUGACUUAAAUGAGUCUCCCAUCAAGUCUUUUGUUUCCAUUUCAGAAGCCACAGAUUGUUUAGUAGACUUCAAAAAGCAACUUACUGUCCGACCAGUUAGCCGGACACGGACCAAAGCAGGCAGAGGAAGAAGGAGAAAAUCUUGAAUUUCUAGAGUCCACAGGUUGACCGAUCCAUUAGCAGUAGGGAUAGGCCAUGUUCAUUAAGCCUUAAUGGCCUCCAGUUCACUGUUGAGUAAGUUUUGGCCCUGCGAUUUUCACCACCAGCACCUACUCAGCAUUCUGGUUUUUAUGUUUUCUAUGAGCUAUACAGACAACUGUGUAUAGUAUUCUGUUUUAUACCAGUCUGUUUGAAUUCGCUUAUAGUUAAAAGAAAAUUUAAAUAUA